UAUUUUUUUAAUUGCAUGUUGUUUUAGGGGAAAAAAACAAAGGAAACGGGACCGCUAAUGUUUUUGCAAUAUCAAAAAAGACAGCUCAGAAGACUUCCUUUGCUGUACAUCAGUUUCCUUUCUGAGGUUAGGCGAUGAAGCUACCAGCUGCUGCAUUAAUACAGUCAUCGCCUGUCAGAUUCAGGAUCAAUUGAUGGAACGCAAUAGCCAGUGAAAAGCUUGUUUGAAAACAAGGUAUGUGCGUCUAAUGAACUGUUUAUCAAACGCCUUUGAUUGCAAAGUGUUAAUUUUCUAAAGCGUUAACUGUUAAAAAGCACUGGAAGUUGAAUUAAUUGUAAAACAGACAGCAAAUAAAAUGUGUAUCUGUUUGCGAGUCGUCAGUGCGAUAUUGCCCUUGGAGAUAUCUAUAAAUAUCUAGCACUGAGUGGCAGUGCCAAUUUACAUAGACUUAAGCAAAUAAAUCAUUGCGCAAUAGUUGGACAGGGCUCUACCACGUUUUUAUUUAUAAACGGUGGCUCAAGUACAGAACCAGAACACUGGUGGAAAAUAUAUUUCUUUGUUGCAAUAGAUAAGUGUACAAGAAGACCGCGAGACAAAGGAUGUGUACUUAGUUACCUGGUGUUUGUUGUAAUGGUUUAAAAAGCAGCUAGAUACUAAAAUUUAAACUUCAGAGCGGAUCUUUUCAAAGCCGUGGGAGAAGCACGUCAAGUGACCGUUGUUUCACGUAUUAGUAUGCUUUUGUGUUAAAGAACUCCAGAAUGUAGAGGGUUUUUGAGGGAUUAGUAAUUCUAAGUAGAUCCUUCCUUCUCCCCACCCUGCCCGCAAAACUAAUUAGAUGCACUUGAAUUGCUCUGCCUUGGAACAUUCCCCAAAGGUUUACUUUCUCCCCCUCCAUGUUCUUUUCUCCCUCUGCACUACUGUCCGUGAGACAUGAUAUCACACUUUAUCAGCUUUAGUAGUGGGUUAACCCACAGUUAAAUUCCUUUUUGGGGAAAAAAGGUGAAUGUGGAUCUGACGGACAUAAACCUGACAAGCCGAGGGGGGGGUGAAAGAGCAGGAUCUUUUCUCAAGCAGAGAAAAUGAGUGGCGGUAAAAAGAAAAGCGGUUUCCAGAUCACCAGUGUGACCUCAGACUAUGGCCAAGCAACCGCGGAAUCGCCAAAAUCAUCCUUGCCGGGGGAAUCUGGGGCGCCCCCACUCCAGGCACUGACCAACGGAGGGCAGAGUGCGGCCCCCACCCCCUCUCUCACUGCGUGGCAGGCCGGCCAUGCCCCCACCGGGUCCCCAGGUGAGUCGGGGGACCUCACAGUUCCAUCCUCGGCUCCCUCAGUUUCUGUCGCCGGGGCAGGGGAGGGCGGAGGGAAGAUGCCCAACGGCCCUGCCCUGCUGAACAGGGCCAGGACUUUACACCAGCACGCCAGCUCCAGCCAGCCGGGCACCCCCGUCAGCGUGAGAAAGCAGCUGUCCCAGGAGCAGGGAGGGGCCACCUCGCCCCACUCCUCCCGCUUCCGGGUGGUGCGCCUGGGCCAGGGCCUGGGGGAGCCGUACCGCCGCGGCCGCUGGACCUGCGUGGACUUCCUGGAGCGGGAGGGCGGGGAGGAGCGCGGGCUGAGGCGGGUGAGGGACAGCAUGAGGCAUGCCCACUCCCUGGAGUCACUGGAGACCGUGGGGCUGGGCGGGGCCGAGGGCGGAGGGGGCGGAUCCGCGCUCAAGCCCCUGGGGCGCAUCCGUGCCCUCAGGUCCAUGCACCAGGUCCACUCCCAGGGCACCACGCACUUCCUGGCGCCCCACGUCAGUGGUGGGGAUGGAGGUGGGGGUGGGCCCGCCAAGCCCUUGAAUGGCGGGCCGACGGAGGCCGACUCGCCAAAGGGAGGCCCCACCUCCAAACCCCGAACCUUCUCCAGCGGGCCACCUUCCCCCUGUCACAAAGACCCCCCCAACAUGAGACUUGCGGAUGCUGCCAUCUUUAACCCCUCCCCUUCCCCCUCCCGCUUGGCCCAGCAGGACCCCCACCUCUUCUCGCCCACCAGGCAACCGUCCGAAUCCGUACGUCCACGCCACAUCCCCCCGCCUCUGCGUCUGGACAUGGACGCUGUCGGGAAGCCUCUGUUGCGAGAGACCCGCUCCCAGCCCACCUCCCCGAGCCCCCUGCUGCCCAGAGACGGAGUGUUCCACCACGGCGCGACCCCCAUUCAGACCCCAUCUGCCCUCAGCCUGGCUCAGUCCGUGCUGGGAGGUGGGGGAGCCUUCGACCUGGACGACGAGAGCGGCUCUAGUAACAGCAUGAUCGCAAUUGACAACAAGAUUGAACAGGCCAUGGACCUGGUGAAGACCCACCUGAUGAUGGCGGUACGCGAGGAGGUGGAGGUGCUGAGGGAGCAGAUCAAGGAGCUGGCCGAGAGGAACGCGCAGCUGGAGAGAGAAAACUACAUCCUGCGGGCCCUGAGGGAGAGAGACUGAGCGAUGGAG